CCCAAUUGCAAGGGCUGGGCCCACUGCCAAUACCAUUUUUAGUCCACAACGUGGUUGGCCUCUGUUGCUUCGCGUAGAUUAGACGAUAGGUCGAUACGAAGGGUGUUUGUUUUCCGAGCAGGUGAACAAUGGCUUCCACCAGCACCCAAUUGCAGGACGGAGCUUCUCUCCCUUCUAGGUUUAGUUCCUGCAAAUACGUUGUCUUUUUUGGAACUUUAGAGGCGAAGACACCUGUAAUGGUUUCGUUGACCAUCUCUAUUCGGCUCUGCAUCAGAAGGCCAUUUUCACGUUCAAGAAUGGCCCGAAGCUAGAGAGUUGUGAAUCGAUUUCUCCGACACUCCUAAAAGUCAUCAAAGAGUCCAGGUUUGUCGUGAUUGUUUUCUCCAAAAAGUACGUACGCUUCUUCCAAGAGAUUUUCUGUGGUGGUUUUUUAUAAAGUAAUCCUGAAGGAUCUACUUUAUAGAACACGGGCAAAACGGUGAGUGCCAGAAGGGAAAGCGUUUUGCCGAUGUUCUAUAAAGUAGAUCCCUCGGAUUUACGAAAACAAAGAUGGAGCGUUGGAGAAGCAUUCGCCAAACACGAGCGAGAUUCCAGCGAAGAGAAGGAGAAACAGAAGGGAUUCCAACACUGGUACUAGUGUUGUAAGGUCCUGAAGAAGACGAACAACCAUCAGAGACAAUUCUACAGUUAGUGCAACUUGAACAUCUUGAAUGUUGUCCAGAAGAAGGAUCCAUUAAAUCUUCAGAGCAUCUGUUGAUAUCUCUAUAGACAAGUUCCUCUGCAGUCAUAUUGAUCCAGAUGAAGCUAUUAUAUUAGGGAAAAUAACUUCAACAGAUGGUUAGAGGGUCGAUAUCAACAGAUACGACAUGUAUUUCAGAGUGAAGUGUCAUGUGGAAGAGGUCAUACUUCAACGGCUUGGCAUGCCACAGAAAAUGCCUCUGAGCUUUCCUCACAGCAAGCUGCAUUGCAAGAUACCUCUCCUCUGGUAUAGAAAGGAGAACUCUUUCAAGUUUGGAAUGUCUUUCUCUGCAAGAAUCACAGAGAAGGCCCCCCAGUCCAAGACCUCGAAAAACGGUGGGACAAAGUUGUCAGAUAUGAUCACUGGCACGCACUCGUAGAAGAUGGCUUCAACGACACGUGGACUGUUCACCUCGUAGCCCUUGGGGCAGAUGCAGUACUUGCUGCUUUUCAUAUGCUGGAUGUAAUUCAUCUUGCUUGCCACUCCGGGAGGCAUAGGACCAAGGAUCUUCAUAUCCGGGUCUUUGUCCUUCCAGUGCUUCAGCAAGAUUGGACGCAGGUAGCCAUGCAUGUUACCGGCAUAGAAGGCGAGUAUGUGUCGUUUAGAAGGGGGUUUUCCACCGAGGUCCCUCAGAGGAUUUCUGGCCGAUCGCACGUAGGUUUCUGGAAGAGAGAUGUCUCGGCCUAUUUUGAAGCCGGUAGUCACAUCUGCAUUGCAGAGGGCCUUGAUGCAGUGUUCCAUAUGAUGCCUCGUUUCAUAUGGAGCCUACAAAGAGACAAUGGGUUAUUAUCUCACUAUUUGGGGUUGGGUACAUGAAUUCUAAUUUGCCAGUCAUUUUUAUCUAUGAUCUUAUCUUCUAUGAGCCACUUAUAACUCUACCCAAUACAACAAAUAAAAUAUCAAAUAUUUUUAACAUGUUGUAUAGUUAUUAGAAGGAAAUUAAGCUCAAAGAAAAUCUUCCCUGCAAGUUCGGCAUGAAAACAGUGGUUUAGUAAUCUAAGCUGAGGUAAAUGGGGGAUAUUAAGAAAAAACAAGUGACGUGGUUGAAUAUUUUCUGAACAAAUUUUUGAAGCAAAAGCAAUAGUAACGGGACAUACCCAAUCAUGGCAGGCAACAAGAAAAUGAUCGGCUCCACCAGUUCUAUUCCAGAAGCGGUACUUUGCUGCAAUUGUUUCCGUGUACUGUUUCAAAUAUUGUCGUAGGUUUGUGCGGUUGUGAGAGUUGCGUACGUACAGGGAAUACUCGAGCAUUCUAGAACUGAAUGGCAUGUAAAAUAGGUGUGCCUUUCUGGGAUCCUUAACCGCAAACUGUCUGUUUCCCUCCAUCAAUUUCAUAAACCAUCCCU